GGUGAGUAUCACGUAGCUCAGUUGUACGUGGGGCCGUAUGGACGGGUGCGGGCGCCGAAGCCGACGGAUCACGUGUUGAGCCCCCCCUUGGGUUAUUUCGGGAUAUACCCGAUGAGUUUCGCGAAGGGGUUGCGGUUCCCUCUCCAUCCUUUUAUUAAGGAAUACCUUGACAUGGUGGGUCUGCCUCCGGCCUUGCUGACGCCCAAUAGUUACUCGCUCAUCGUCGGCUUCCUUAUCCGUUGCGGUGAGCUGGGGUUUUCGCCGACGAUUGCGCUUUUCACCAAUCUGUACCGGAUAGGCCGAGGGAGCCAUCAGAAUUGUGCCGGCUAUGCCGCUUUACAGCAGGUCCCCAAGAGGAGGACGUUUACAGACCUUCCUUCAUCAAUUCAUGGCUGGAAGGCGAAGUUUGUCUUUGUUAACCUUGGCCGAGGCGGUUACUUCCCGUCUGCCGGUCACAGCGGUUUAUUUGAGUUGCAUAAUCCUCCGUGGAAUGCCGAGAUCAGUAGGCAGGUGGAGGCUUUUAUCAAGGGCGGUCCGAGGAGCGUAACGACCUACAUCACUGAGUAUAGGAUGGCCGCCCUCGGCUUCGUAAGAUAUUACUGCCCCGGCGAUGUGGACGACGACCUCUGGCCGAGGAUGGAGGGGUCUUAUGAGCAAGCCGACGGUCCCUCACUUGGUGUCCCUGCCGAAGCCGAAGGUUUUGUCAUGGACCGCAUAUCUUUUAUGGCUCGAGCUGCCAAGAAGGCCGAUGCGGAGCUCAAGGCCGCUCGGGCUGCCGAGAAGGCAAAGGCCUCUGCUGGCGGUUCCCAGGGAGGGGGUGAGGCCGUCAAGAAAGCUGCUCCUAAGAAGAAAAGAGGAGCUGAUGAAGGUCAGAAAACUCUGGCCGAGGCGGGUCUGAAACCACAGGCCCCAAAGAAGACGAAGAGGGUUCCGACGACUGAUGAGGCCGGCGCUCCUUCUCAGGCUGUCGUGGAUGUCCAGCCCCCGGUGGUCCCUCCCGUGAAUGAGCCACCCUCCUCGGCCGUGGUGGCUUCGGCUUCUCGCGUGCUUCCCUCUACGGCUGCUGCUGCCCGUCUAGAGGAGGCCCUUGCCAAAGGGACGUACGAGGUAACAGUGCGUUACCCUGUGAAGGGCGGUCUUUUUAACGAGACCGUCGGUGGCGACGACGUGCUUGCUCAGGCUAUGCCUGAGUAUGAUCGUCAGUACCUCGGCCGACAAGGCCAACAUGUUCGGCUGUACGACGGAGGGAUAGACUACGUCGUCCAGGGUGCCCUUAUGCUGAGGGAGCAGCAUUGGAGGCAGGAAGCCGAGAUAGAGCGGCUGAAGAAGAUGGAGGCCAAAGCUGCUUCAGCCGAUGAGGCCCUUCAAGAUCUGAGGGACAAGGCCAAGGCCGCGGAGGAUGAAAUGAAGCUCCUUCAGAUGCGCCUUGAUGAGGCCGAGGCUGCCCGGAAGAAAGCUGAUGAGGCCGUUGCCGCUGCCGUCCAAAGAGCCGAGGAAGCGGAGCGGCUCAAGGCUGACGCUGAGAAGGCUGCUGAACAGGCCGUUGCUGUUUUCAAGGCCGACGGAUGGAAGGCCGAAGAUCACAUCCCCUUCUGCUACGAAGUGGUGGCCGAGAGGCUCACUGAUUGGGUGACAAAGGACCCUGCCGGCGAGGACUUCUGGAUGAACGAGACGCGAGCCUUCUAUAACUGCGGGCAGUACAGGAUGCAAAGGCUGAUUUAUAGGAAGCUUCGUCGUCGCUUCCGGAAGAUGAGGCCGAGGGGUUUGAGCCUACCCCGGCGGAUGAGAAAUCCUGAUGAGGAUAUGAAGCUCCCCCCGUCGGAGAGGCAGCCUCCAAUUCUCAGUUCGGACGAGGGGGAAGCGUCCUGGAGUGAAAAUGACGAUUAUCUGCUCGAGGGCUCUGCCGAUUCCAAGGCCGAUGAAGAUGAUGACGCCGGAACCAGUAGCGGUGGUGGGGAGGACGUCGGCCAGAGCAAAGAGCAAGCCGAUGAGGCAGCGUAGUUUUGUAGACUUUUUAUUACUUUUGUAGCUCUAGCACCAAAGUGCGUGUAACGGCCGUAGCGCCCA